AUGUCAAAGAUACUUCUGGAAGUAUUCGACGACAGUGAUCCUUCCAUUGUUUUGGAGAACCCUCGCAAUGAACAUUGGAACAAUAACGUCAUAGGGAAUCCAAGUGAGUAUAACCGUACAACAACAUUGACACGGAUACAAGGGGCGAGGGCAUGGUUCAACUUCUUCGGUUCUUCGGUUGCGGUAUACGGGACAAUUCCUGUUCCAGAACGUGAAGAUGGAUCUACCCAUGCCGAAAGCCUGUAUUCCGUCGAUGGCGGCCCUCCAGUCAUAUACCAGUACCACGAACAUAACACUGAAAACCUGUACCGCCAACAGUUCUUUAAGUCUGAUAUCUUGGAAGAAGGCAAUCAUUCGUUGGUCAUAACAAAUAACAUCAAGGGGCCAUACUUCUGGCUAGACUACAUAGAAUUUCAUUCUACCCUUGCACCCCCUGUCAUUAAACCGACCACUGGACCUGAUGGCUGCCAGCCGAUCUAUCAAGAAAAACCUGUGACCGACCACAACAGCAUUGCAAUUAUUGCUGGCACACUGGGCGCCGUCGUGCUCAUGAGCAUGAUCCUUAAUCUUAUGAUGUUCGUGCACCAGCAUAGACAUCGGAUGUCAGAACCCCCCAAGGCCCGUCAACCCCAAUGGAACGGGAGUUCAGAAGCCUCACCAGAAGGCUCUUCAGAAGAUCACUCUACAUUGGAUGGUAGCACCGCAGCCAGCCAGACGAGUCGAUACAUCGACGAGAAGAAAAUAAUGCGCAAUUUGCAGUUUGAAAGAACGUUCUCUGAAUCCGAUCAAGUCGAUAAAUCCAGUGAUACGAUGGCCCAGAUUAUCUAG